CCUUUCUAUUUCUUCCCCAUUUCUAUUCACUCUCCCACCUCUCUCUCUCUCUCUCUCUCUCCACUUUCUCUCUCUAAAACCCUAACCAAUCAUGCACCACCACCUCCCUCACCCCGUCACCUCCACCACCGCCUCCUUCUCUGACGCUCUCCUUUCCAAAAAAGGAAAGCGCCGCGGCAGCUACAACUGCGGCCGUUGCGGUCUUCCUAAAAAAGGCCACAUCUGCCACCUUCCACCACCACCGGUCACCGAUUCUAUUUCCUCCGCCGUAACUCCGGCCGAUUCGUCGACAUCAUCCGCCAUCACCGCUGCCGUACCGGUUCCAGUUUCAGUUUCAGUUUCAGGUUCGGAUUCUCCGAUUUGUUCAAUUCGUACGGACCGGAAGUGUUCGAAGCUCCGGCGAGCGUUGUCGUUUGAUGAUAUGGAUGUUCGUGAGGAGGUUAUGGAUGUUUGUGAUGAAGUUAUGGAUGAUGACGAUGAAAUUGAGGAGGAGGAGGAGGUGGUGGAUUUUGGAUGUGGAAAGAUGCCGGUGAGUUGUAUGUGGGAGGUGAUGCGGAGGUUGCCGCCGGCGGCGUUGUUGACGGCGGCGAAGGUGUGUACGGGGUGGAGAGAUGUGACGAAGCAGCUUUGGAAGGCUGCUGAAGAGGUGAGACUUAGGAUUCCGGCGAAGGUUCAGGUUGGAUUUGUUGGAUCGGUUUUGCAGAAAUGUUGUUCUGCGCUUGUUAGACUCUCACUUACGGUGGAAAGUGAUAUGGAUUCAACUAUGCUGGCUUGCAUUGCCUUUGCCUGUCCAAAUCUUGAAUCUCUGGAGAUCAAUAUGUGUGAAGGCUCAGUUAAUCGAAUCAUGGGGGAUGAAUUGAGUCGUUUCGUUGCGGAUAAACGUUGUCUCACAACUCUUAAAAUGGAGGGGUGUUCAAACCUUGGAUCGUUUGUUCUCUGCUCUAACAUACUCUCCACUCUCUGGCUUUCAGAUCUUCAUUCACUUUCAAAGAUGGUUUUUAAUACCCCCAAUUUAAAUGAGAUAUCUCUUGAUUUUUCUCGCCAAGAGAACGAUAGCACUGAUCUUACUUCAAUGAUGGAUGGUCUCGGAAGAACCUGCCCUAGAUUACAAAAUAUUCACAUUGCUUCACUUCAUCUUUCCCAUUCCGUUGUUCUUUCUCUCACUGCUGCAAAUUUAAGGGGCUUGCGCAUGCUAUCACUUGUACUUGGAUCAGAAAUAACAGACGCAUCAGUUGUAGCAAUUUCCAAAUGCUACUCAAAUCUGGAAUUACUUGAUCUCAGUGGGUCUAGCAUAAGUGACAGUGGUCUCGGGAUGAUAUGCAAUGUGUACCCUGAGACUCUAACAAGACUCCUUGUUGCUCUAUGUCCCAACAUUACAUCAAGUGGUAUCCAGUUUGCCACCACACAAUUACCUCUUUUGGAACUCAUGGAUUGCGGGAUGACAAUAUGUGAUUCAGAAGCACAACAUCCAACCUCCGAAGACGAUUCAGAUCUACAUACAUCACCAAACAGCAAGCUGCAUCUUACACGUCAGAAGUUGUUUAUAAAACAUGCUCGAUUGAAAAGGCUAAGCCUUUGGGGUUGCUCCAGUCUUGAUUCUUUGUAUGUAAGCUGCCCGAAUCUCAAUGAUCUGAACCUCAACUCCUGUACAAAUUUAAGUCCAGAAAAAUUAGCUCUUCAAUGCCCUAAGCUGGAGAAUGUGCAUGCUGUUGGCUGUGAAGAUGUAUUAAUCCAAGCAGUUCAAACUCAGGUUUCUGAGGACUAUGCUUCUUUAGAGAAUCGUUAUUCUUGUAAAAGGAUGGCUGAUGGUUCAAAGAGAGUUGGAAUUCCAUUUUCCUUUAGCCAACAGUUGCCGGAUUAUGACAAAACCAGUUGGAAGAUUCAAAAGCGAAGGUGCACAGUGGUAGUUGAAUAAGGAGGUUAGAUUAAUUGCUGUAGAACCUAACCUGUGUGUAGUAGAUUAUUCAUUCAUGGGUGGAUAGGUUUAAAUGUAUGUUAUAAAUUUCCACCAUUUCUCCAAAUCACCUGUUGUGAAGCUGGCUGUUUGUAGGCUAAAAAACUCUUUACAUUUACAAUAAAAAUGAAACUCUGGUACACAAAGUGUAUGCUAGUAUGUUUAUAAUA